UAUGGGAGAUAUGCUAAUCUAAACGCCAUUGAUCCUCGCUUCGCUUUGUUCUUCCAUUUUCGUAACUGAGGAAGAAGAAGAUGAAGUCUCUUCAUCGUGUAGUAGGAUUGAUCACAAGAAGUACCACCGCAAAUCCAAUUUCUUCGCAUUUAAGUUCGAAUCUCCCGUCGAUUCUCGUCAAUCUGAUGUCAACGAAAUCACGAAACGAUGAAGACAAAUGGAACGACGCUUGGGAAUCAGCUUGGCUGCCAGAUGAUCUCACGGAUAAGAGCCGAGCUCCAUGGGAGAAAGACGUGAACUUCGAUUCGACGGCGAAGAUCGAAGAAACCGAUGUGGAAGCGAAGGCGUUCGUGGAGGAUAUGAAUGAGCAUUGGGACGAGAGGAGAGGGAAGAGUGGUAAAGCGGAGAAGAGAGAAGUGAAGAUUGAUGAUGAUGGAGGAGAAUCAUCAUCAUCAUCAUCGCUUUAUAGUUUGGCGACGAUGAAGAAAGACUAUAGGUUGAAGAAGCAAAGAGUUCAUGCUUCUUUGUGGGUUAAGGAGAUUGAGAAAUUGGAAGAAGCUAAACUGGGUGAUUCUGGAUCUGGUGGUGGAGCUGAUGAUAUUGAUCGGCUUCUUGAUAGUUGCUCUGAGAUUUUCGACUCGGUAGACCAUGAUUUUGACAAAUUGGAGGUUUCGAGUGGAUCUGAAAUGAAGAACAAGCCUGAUGGUUGGGAAUCAACAGCAAAGGAACAAGAUGGAAAUCUCUGGGAAAUGUCACAAAGAGAAGAAGACAUACUUCUCCAAGAAUUUGAUCGUCGGACUGCCUUCUGCAAAUUUCAGAUAGCGAGUUUUAUAAAGCAACACAUAUUCAGUAGAAGAAGACCGAUUGAUGGGUGGAGAUACAUGAUCGAAGUGAUCGGUCCAAAUGCGAGAAAAGGGAAAGGAAGUGUUUCUAGGCUCCCAGCUUUAUCGGAUGUGUCAACUCAGCCUUUCAAAGAAGAAACGGGCAGCCUCACUACUUUGAAGCGGCGGUAGAAGACUAUUAGAGGAGUUCAUGAAAAUCAUUUCAAAUCUGUGUCACAGUGAUAGCUACAACAAUUGUGAGAAUUUCUUUUUUGUAAUUUUGCUCGAACAGGUUAGUCAGUUUAAUUACUUGAAUAUUUUGUACCAUCGGAUAUGUUUAUUAAAAUAAGUUUAACAUGCUCGUCGCCAA